AUGUCUUGUGAAGACAACUCAGCCCUUGAGGUAGAUAAAGAGGCAUGGGAAGAAGAGGGCUUGGCCGACCUUGUCUGCUGCCUGGAGGUUUACUUGGAGGAGGUUGUGCCUGGUGGAGAGGGAGAAUGCAGUGUUAUAGCAGAGGCCAAUGACAAUGUAGAGGAGGACGAAGCACAGGACAAGGAUGAGAUGGAGGGAGAGCAGGAUAAAGAGGAGCAAGAGAAGGAGGAGGAGGAUAGGGAAGAGAAUGAGCAGAUGGAGGAGAGUGAGGAGAGUACUGCAUUUGACCUUUUAGCACAUCAUUCAGUGGGACAACCAUAA